AUGUUCAGUGCCUCAAGCCACCCGGAAUUCUUGCCCACCUUGAAGCAGCUGUGGAUCGAGACGUUUCCCGAGCUUUCAGAUGCUGCUGACGAUAGAGCUCUGAUUAUUAUAGCUGGAGCCACGAUCGGGGAUCACCGCAGUGCUAUAGGGAAAGCCGCCGUUGCUGUGGUAGCCAACCUCAUACCUGCAGAUGCAACAACACCCCAAGAGGUACUGAACACCCUCAAAAGCCAGUACUGCACUGUCCCUGAGUUCAUCUACCGAGAUCCCUCUGGCGCGCCCAGCAAUAGAGGUUCAUACCUCUCUGAUCUCAUCCUUAAAGUAUUAGCGGUCCAUAUGGGAGUUGUAUUACAAGCCCAGAAGGCGUUCGGUCGUCCAGCGGGUGCUCUUGCCCUUGUCUGUGCAGCGAUAGAACGUGCCUUGGAUGGCUGGAAGGAGGGCGUGAAUCAGAUUGAAGAGGCUAAGAAAGAUCUGAAGCGCAACAAGUCUCAUGGGUUCAAGGCCGAGAGGUGGGGCCCCGUCGCCGCUCGCUGGCUCAAAGGUAUUGACAAGAACAUGACAGACAAGCGCUGGGAAAUCCUUUUCCAUGAUACGUCUGUCUUUAUUCCCGACAGACUUUCAAAUGCCAUCGACUGCGAACCAUUCGCCGAGGGCGACAUCCGUGACAUUGACGGAUCUGGUGAUGAGUUCCUUGAGUAG